GAGCCGGGUGAGGUGAGGCCGCUCCUCGCGCCGGGGCCACAGUCCUGGGUACUAUCCUAUGGUGACCUGGGAGCUGUGAGGACAAGCAGAUGGAAUUGGACAGUAGUUACAGUAGCUGUAUUUCAGAUUAUUCAGACGAUACAUUUGAGUCCUUCAGUGAGAAGGAAGAAGCCUACAAACAAUAUGAAAACGAACUAUUUGCAUCUUAUUGUACCACAGAGAACUCAGAAUGCCGUGCUGUGUCAGAUGUAUCUGAAAGCACAUGGAAGUCAACAAGUCAAAAUGAUGAAGGUGAGCUCUUAGACUCUGCAACUAUAGAAAAAGAUUUGAUGGAAAAAUGGAUCAACUGUCUCAAAAAUAAAGCAGCUGGCACUGGACAAAGCAAACCUGUCAUGAGAACACGAACAGAAAUUCCUGAGGUACCAGCUGAAGAAUUGGAUGCUCUGCAGAAUUUCUGCACCAUUAAGAUAAGCCAGAUCUGUCAUCAGUUGAUCUGUGAGCAGUCUAACAGUUGCAAACACAAAGAGUUGCAGCAUGGAUUCACUUCAGAGAAGUCAGUGACAGGUGCCGUAAACUGUAUUGUUCCUGAUCAGCUAGUGAACAGAAUCCACCUGAAAAAUAUCAGGGAGACAAUGAAACAGGUGACUGAAACAAAAGUACACCAGACUUCGCAGUGCCCUGAUUGUCAGAAGAAAAAGGCUGAGCUGGCCAAGGUUACCUUUCUCAGACAAAGAAAAGCAUUUAUGGAGGGAUGUUUGCUUCAAGAAAAGUUGGAAGAACAGAUAUAUACCAAAGACUUGCUGACACUUGUAGGAGAAAUUCACAAAAGUCUGCCGAAGCUUUCAGAGGACCCAAAAAACAUAUGGAAAAAAGUGAAAGUGAAAGGGCUUGAAACUAGCAACUGAAGAAUUUUGACAUGGAGGCCACAGGACAGAAUGUAGUUCAGUACUCUGUUUUUUAUACUCUUCCUGCUCCCUUCCCAUGAGAUUUUUGUUUUGAUCUGGAGAAACGACCUGAAAACUGCGAUCAAGAAACCUUGAUUUAUUCUUCUGCUUCCCUUGUUUGUGCUUACUGGCAUUUAAAAGGAGUAAAGUGGAUCAAAGGUGAUUCAUGUACUAAGCAGAUUUGACACUGAAACAAAUUAAUCCACCUA